AUGGAAGCAGCGCCACUGAGUCUUGCACAAACACACGCCCGGAAUGCAGCCCUAGAAACGAAGCGAUCGAACCCAGUCGCAGCCAGCGAAGAGCAUGAUCUCGCUGCGGCUGAGUUUGCCACAGCCGCCAAAGGCUCAUCUGACCAAGAGGCAGUGCGCAUACUGAACUUGCUCGAGCAGCACCACAAGAAACUAGGCCACAUCCUGAAAACGGCACACGAGAAGCCGGCCAUCGACGAGCAAAUCGAGAGCACGCCUGUUGGCGGCACCUCGAAGCCGCCUCGUUUGUCGCGAACGCCCAGGGAAACGACCAGAGAGCUGUCUUCGUCCAUUGCAAGCAACCUGGCCUCUGCUCGAGGUAUACGUGGUGCUCAGCAGAAGCGAUCAGCACCCAUCUCACCUCUAGUCUCGAAUCAGCAUGCCGAUGGUCAAUUGUCCCACGACAUGCCAAAGUCACGAGCUGCCUCGCAAGCAACUGGACCGGCGGCCUCCAAGCCGUCAUGGGCGCCACCUGUUGGAAACGUCGAUGACGUCCACGACAACGACACCGCUAGCGACUCACCAUUUCAGCUCUUCUACAACACCUAUCAGGGCCUCGUCUCAAAGAUGAGUGCUCCUCUAGCCUUCGCUGGCCUUCCGCUUGCCCAGGCCAUCCCCGAGGAGAAGCAGAACACUGUGCCUAAAGCCUCAUCGCAAACCGAACGGCCCACAAGUACAGCCAAAGACCGCGCAAUGGACUACUCCCGUCUCAUCUCCAAUGCAGCCUUUCGCGCUGUCAGCACCAAUACGACGAACGACACUCCUGCCAAAUCUCGCAUCGAGGACUCAUUCUACCACGUCCCUACUGCUGGCGGCACCAUGUCCUACGCGGAGAUGGUCAAUCGCGCCGACCGCGAAGAGGCUCGUACUCUCCGUCACCAUCGCCAGACCAGCAAUCUCUCCAAUAUCUCCGAGAAUGAUGACUUCGUCGAUGCUAGCAGUACCAUCAUCGCCCAAGCGAACUCACACGCAGCUCAGCCGCAGCAGCGAUCCCAACAGCAAACAGGCCGGCCCUUACGCCAACUCUCCCUCGAGAACGCCACGCUCCGGCACCUGUCAGACAAGAUGUCCAAACGCCUGCAUGCCUUCGAAAUGGCUUCGCAGACCUCCACUGCUGCGCUCGCACAGUCGAUACGCAGCAUGCCUCGCUCUCCGCUCAUGAGCCCAGACGUAUCUCGAGCCGGUGCUGGAUCUCGGAAACCUCCCACGACUGCAACCGACAAGCACCAACCUUAUCCAUCGUUCAACAAGUCUUCGGCGAAGAGCACGACCACGACCGACGAUCGCAUCACUGAGCUAGAAGAGAUUCUACGGAAGAACGACGCCAGACUCAAGAAGAAGGAGGCCGAGAACGAGAAGCUAAAGGUCACGGUAGACAAGUACAAGGAGAAAUGGGAUAGUCUGAAGGCUGGCGCAAGAGCGAGACGGGAGCGGCAGCAGGGCACGAGUGCGGCUCCAGAGGAAGCGGAGGCUUGA